AGCAAAAUGGCCGCAGUACGUUAGCUUAAAAUUUCCAAAAUUUUACUUUAUCCGGAAACAGCUUGGAUGUGACAUUUCAGCGUUAUUUUGUUUGUAAAGGAUGGGUAAAAGGUAUCACUGUGAAUAUUGUAACCGAUCCUUCGCUGAUACUCUGCAUACGAGAAAAAAUCAUAUCAAUGGUGUGCAACACAAGCGAAAUCGUAAGCUUCACUAUGAUUCAUUUAAAGAUCCUGCAGUUCUCUUGGCUGAGGAAACAAGUAAACCACCCUGUCGGAAAUUUUUUGCUACUGGAACAUGUGGAUUUGGUGCUAAUUGCUGGUAUUCUCAUACAAGCCCACAGAUGUUGUUAGCAACUCAAGAAGCAAGCUUAGGUAGAAAAACACCAGACCAGUCACAGGCAGGUCAACCUCAGGCAACACUUAAAGAGUGGCUGGAGAAGUACGACAAAAAGCGAAAAAAGGUUGAAUGUAAAGAUGCACCAGGGAAAUCUGCUUCACAGUCAAGUUACACCUUACCACCAGGUCUUCCUCCUCUACAGCAACUGCCUCCUUCAUUGUUACCACCACCUCCUGGAGGGUACCCUGAACUCCCAAGAGAAGAGUGGGGUUAAUUGUUGCUUGACAUAUGGGAUUUUUCAUGCUUGGGUACCUCAAUCAAACCCCUGCUGUCAUCUUUUGAUCACCCCCAUCAUCAUUCAAGAGGUCUAUGAUAUUUAAAGGUUGAGUACAUUUACACAGAGGACUACUUGCAUCCAUAACCAUUGUCAUUAUCCAUCAGUGACCCACUCAGCUGCGCCUUGUGUGCCACUUUUUUGUUCUUUCCACAUUUUGAUGUCAUCUGUGAUCUAUUACUGAACAGACAAACGGCAACUUUGAAUCUAUUUGUUAAAUAGAUUAAGAUCCUCUUUAUAUUCACUGAUCAGUUGUGUGAGUUCAGAUGAUGUUUAGGUAGGUAUAAGACAAUGUUCAUUGGGAAAAAGGAAGGAAGAACCUUGAAGAAAACAUAAGAGUUCAUUUUGUAUUGAUAUGAUGAUCAUGAAUCAAGGAAGAUAGCCUGCAAUAAGGCUGAGGCUGAUGUAAAUAAGAACUUCUUACAAUGUUUUAAGUAAGACCAGUUGGAGCAAUCAUUAAAUUUGUCUCAAUGAAUCAAAUGAAGAGAAUUGAAUAAAAG